GAUCAUUCGCAGCUCGCCCUGCCAGCACCGCCCAGGCGGCGGAAAGCGAGGGCGAAGCGCAAUGAGGAUGAGCUCUUAGCCAUCGAAACGCAGCCAGCUGACUACAGUGAGCUGCUUAGGGAAGCCACAAAGCUGGAGAUUGACGACUCGCUCGAAGAGCUGAGGCGCAUGAUCAAGAGAACCAGGAGCAAUAUGGACUGUCAAAUGAAGGUCUUAGAUGGUUUCAUUUCCGACGUGAACCAUCUCAAGGGCAACGCAAGGAACUUCGAUGGAGACGGCAGCAUGCCAGCGUUGCCACCAAGCAAUGAGGCCCAUCCGCGACCUGCACUAAAGGCUAGCGCCUCUUCCGGAGCUCUGACGAUUGGCGGUGAAAGUCGGAUAGUUCCCAAGCGGAGCACGGCUUUGCCUGGAGCUCUUCCUGCCUUGGGCCAUUCAGCGUCUGCGCCAUCUAUCGGUUCUGCAGCAAUGCUCUCGCUGCGGAACGUGGCUCCUCUCACCAUGCCCCAAAGGCGGGCGCCACCAGGCGCGGGGCCACUUAACAAGGUUGGUCGGCGAGCUAUGGGCGCUGAACGCCCUGGGCGGGAUUGGCAGAGCAUGGGCAGCUAG